AUGCGCCAUAGUCAUCCCAAGCUUCAGCGAUUGAGGCGAUGCACGUCUUUAGAAUGGGUCCACACUACUAACGACAACUCUGAUGAUAUUGAUGAUAACCGGAUGGUCAUUCGAGUAGGGGAAGAUCUCGCAAUAUUUCCCCUCGAUGAAAGAGCAGUGCCAAUGCAAGAUGGUAGUCUACCAGCGAUUUCUUAUUGGUAUGGCAAGGUAGCCGACAUCUACCUGAAGACUGGGCGACAAGACGUGUGGCUCGAAAUGCAGUGGUAUUACAGAAAGGUGGAUUUGGAAGAUGAGGAUGUCGAUCUUGCGAGAUGUGUGGGUGAAUAUGAGCUUGUUCUCAGUAAUCACACGUCUGUAGUAGAUAUACGUUGCGUCGAGGAUCAUGCGACCAUCUUGCCAUACAAUGAAGGUGAUCUCGAGCAGCCACAGAUACCUAUAAGGACACUGUACAAUCGAUGGACCAUUGACGUCGAGUUCUCAAAGCAUAGGAAUGUUGUUUAUAUGGAAGGGGUGAACGUUAGCAACUCUCAGAAUGCGUCAAACGAUACUGCAGGAAGUAUAAGAAGCAAUGUGAAGGCAGGCCUGCCAUCCAAUUUUCGUGAUAUCGACUUUGACCCACAGUUCAUGUCACUAUUGACCAUGCCAAUUCGACGAGGAGGAUCAUGUGGAAUAGUUGGGAAUGGAUCGCUCAUAGUACAGGCAAUCGCGCUGAUCGAGCAGGCGAGGACCCUUGGACGACUACCUGAUGGAUGGAAGGACAUUAUGCAGAAAGCAGUUCUGCCAGCAACGGAUGAGAUCAUUCCCAGAUACUACUGCUUGACUUGUACAAAGGCAGUGAUCUAG